GUUUGGGCCCGAGGCCUCGCCCUGGGUGUGAAGUUUGUGCGGCCGAGGCUGGAGUUGAUGAUUUGAGAUUAGGCGGGGGGGGGACUCACUCAUUAAUUUGACAACCCUUGCUCUGCCCCAGCUGACUGUUUCCCUGCCACAGAGGAGAGAUGUUUGAUGAGGAGGAUUGGAACGAUGAUGUGGAAGCCAGGGCCCUGAGUAAAGCACUUGUUCACAAGACUGAGUCUCCCCACUGCAAUAGCAACCGAAAUGUACAGACACUUGGUGGAAAGAUGAAACAGAGACUUCUGCAAACGCUGCAGACUCUUUCUGCAGCAGGAGCACCUGAUCAGCAUCUAGAGGCAACACAGUCCAAGCCCGAGUAUGGAACAGCAAAGAAAGCUAGGCUGAAACUCAAGAGGAAAAGGAAGAGAAGCCGGGGAAAGGAGGAGAGUGAGGAGACUUUGGGUACAAACCCAUUUAAAGAGGAUGCAGAAAAAGGAAAUGUAGCCCCUCUGAAAUCGCCAUUUGCACAAGCUGUCACAAGAAAUGAAAAGUGGAGCAGCAUAGGAAGCAAGGAUAUUGGACAUGUAAAAGGUGGAGAUGCAGAGGAGGGUGACAGAAGCUCAGCUCCUAGCUCAAAGCUGCUGAAGGCAGGUGAGCUGGGAAGAAACACAACCCAGGGAUUGCUCACCCGCCAACAGUGGAGAAACAAAAUGAAAAACAAGCGUCGGAACAAAAACAAAUUCCACCCUGUGGUCACAUUGUUUGUGAAGAACCAAGGAGAAAUGAAGGGGAAGACUGACUGUGAAAGGACUUUGGGAAAACUAGAACCUGAACAAGGUGAAGGCAAACACAUCACAGACAGACACAAAAUUAAAAUAAAGCAAAAGAAAGGAAAAGGAGAAGAAGGGAGUGAUCCAACAGAGAGAACAAUCUCUGAGACUAACCAUAAAAAUAUGUCUAACCUCAACAAGAGGAUAAAAAUUCAGAACCAGAACAGUGAGACUGUGACAAAAAUUAAGAAAAAACGGAAGAGAAUAUGUGAACAUCUGUCACAUGCAGAGCAAAGGGACUGUACCUCAGGCAGUUCAGGUCCACUGGCCAGAGACUUGGCACUUGCUGUGGGGGUAAAUACCACUGAAUCAGGUCCCUCCAGCCUGACCUCAAAUCGCUCAGCGGCUUUGAGAAACAAGAUGGAAGAACGCCUAAAGUCAGCCCGUUUCCGUUACAUUAACGAGCAGCUGUACACCUUGAGCAGUGCAGAGGCUGUGAAGCUCUUCGCUGAGGACCGUGAUUCCUUCCAGCUUUAUCACCAAGGUUUCACAGCUCAGAUGGAGCGCUGGCCAGAAAACCCAGUCAACAAAAUCAUUCAGUACAUCCGAAACAGGCCAUCCACUGCUGUUGUGGCUGAUUUUGGCUGCGGGGACUGUAAGAUUGCCCAGAGCGUGAGCAACAAGGUUCACUCAUUUGAUUUGGUCGCACUCAAUGAACAUGUAAUUGUCUGUGACAUGGCGAAUGUUCCUCUGCAUGCUGAAUCAGUUGAUAUCGUUGUCUUCUGUCUUGCACUGAUGGGCACGAACCUUGUGGAUUUCCUGACAGAGGCCAAUCGUAUCCUUCGACCAGGGGGGAUUCUAAAGAUUGCUGAAGUGGCCAGCAGAUUUGAAGAUGUUCGGAGUUUUACCAGUGUCCUUGGAUCUCUUGGUUUUAAACUGAUUUCAAAGGACACGCAGAACAGAUACUUUUAUCUGUUUGACUUCAUGAAGAAUGGGUCUCCUGUGAAGAAAGGGAAACUUCCUCGUCUGCAACUAAAGCCUUGCCUUUACAAAAAACGCUGAGAUCCUCUGGAGAUUGAGUAAACUACAGAAUGUCAGAACAGAGAUUACGGAGGGAGGGUGUUUCCCCACAGACUGAUGGAGAACUAUAGAAAACAAGACAUUCAGUAUUAUUUUGCUGCCUUUUUCAAAUGGGAUGAUUCACAAGGAUUUUGUAAUACCUCAUGAAGGCAGAGUUUGGCCUGUUCUUAGAGAAGCAGUGACCCUUGGACUGCUCGAGUUGACUGGAAUCUAUGCCGGUUAGGUUUCUAUAUUUGUGAUUAAUUUGUAGAUUUUGACUUUUGUAUUUUUGUAUAAAUUUUGAUGAUGGGACAUCAAAAGUCUGAGUAAACAGCAAUGGCUGAGUAGGACUUUGUAA